AUGAUGGAACCGGACGAAGUGGAAGAUGGUGAUCCUCUUCCGGACAGGUUAGAAGCGCCCGUGGGUCGGAUCACAGCUCUCCCACGGCUUACUGGUCUGCCGCUCGGGCACGACUGCUCGUGGAAGGGCAGUCAGGUCACCCGCCUGGCUGCCUUGCAAACUGGAGGCAUUGGGACAGACCGGCAUGCCUGGGGUAUGUGGUGGGCGGAGGCCAUGUCGGAUCUUGGCGUGGACAUAGCAGCCUUGACGGAAACCCGUAUUGAUGGGGCCUCAGCACACAAUGCUGCCAUAAGCGGCAUGUGGGAGGCUGGCUAUCUCUGCAUUUCCCAUAAUGUAUCCAGUACUGACAGACGGACCGACAACCCGCUUGGCUCUGGAGUAGCAUUGGCGAUCAGACGCGAUGUAGCUGCUGAUUGGACGGAGGUCCAACCAGGUCCGCAUGGACGGGCACUGGGCGGCUCCAUACGCUUGCAUAACGGAGCUGUGCUCCGGGUAGUCGCGGUCUACGGGCCGACAGGCGCAUGUUUGCCUGGAUUCACUCAGAACCUGAGGGCUGUCCAACACGAAACUGACCUUGUCUCUUAUCUGCAACAACAAGUGGUCUUGGCUCAGGCAAAAGACUGGACUCUGGUGGUGCUAGGUGAUCUGAAUUCUUUCACCGACGGCGCUCUGGAUAAGUGGCAAGGUCAGUGGCAAGUACGGGACGAGUGCCUGGCCGUACAAUGCCGAGAGAUGGGCCUCAUUGACACUUGGCGAGAUUCACAUCCCGCACUUCCCGGUUUCACCUAUGUCUCUCCCACAGGCAGUGCCAGCCGCCUGGACUCCAUCUGGAUCCUCCCGGCCAUCGGGUUCCAUGCACCUGUUCUCAACUCAUCACUAAUUUGGAAUUGGCACAAGCGGGUGGAUCACCAUCCGGUUCUGAUCGACCUGGGCAUUGACAUCCCCACCACCCCAGCUGCGACCUCAGAUCUCGUACAGCCCCGAUGGCGAAAACUCGCCAACAUGGCCCAUGGAAAUACCCUACAGGCACUCAGGGCACAAGUGGAUGCCCAAGUGGAAACACACAAACCUCGAUUGAUGCAAGCGGCAGCUUGCCUUAAAGAGGCUACAGCAUUGGGCUGUGCUUCCUCUGCACUUUUGUCAGAGGUCGGCAUGGUAUUUGGACAGACGCCACAACAGUCGGCGCGAGAAGCGGCAUGCUCUCGUGUUCACCAAGCACAUGACGCCGUCAUGGCAAUCCUACUUCAGACUCUACCGACCAUCAACCAACCCAAUCAGAGCCGCAAACUGGGUAGGGCUCAUAGUGCCUGGGACACCUGCCUGGCUCUACUUCGCUCUCUCAAAAACGUACUCACCGAUGUGGUAAACAAUGACCAGGAGACCGCCGACUCCAUAUUACAGCGCGCCAAUGUCAAGUGGCGCCAAGGUGAGGCGGUCGCACGGAACCUACGCUGGGCGCCUUCAGCCACAGAAUCCGCAGACAAAAUCCUCCUGGUAGAGGACACGACCGAAGGGUCCAUCUGCUACGUUCUGGUGAUCUCAGACGUUGGGCCCGUUGUCGGCGUAUGCCAGCAUAUAAGCGUCAGGCUGCAGCACAAGAAUGGCAGAAGCUCUUUGAUCGCCCUUCUCGACCUUGGUUCCGGCGUGUUGGGGGACUGUGGGAGGGCAGGUUUCUCGGGCCUUGUGAAGGUCAACAUGCCCAAACCCAAAGGAGGCUGGCGGCCACUGACCAUGCUGGAAGAAGCUUUCAAGGCCAUUGAAGGCCCGGUUACUCAUCGGUUAGUUUCAGCUCGUGCGUCCCUACCUGCUGGCUCAGUCUACAGCGCCUGGAACCGUGCGUAUGAGCCCGGCCAGUCUGCUGCAUCAGAUGUCCUGUAUCUGGAUGUCCAGGUGUGUGAGGACUCUCUGGCUCAUCACCUCCCUCUGGCAAGGGUUCCCGCGGACUUUGAAAAGUUUUUCAACACGGUUAACCUGCACCAAGUCGAUGCGGUGCAGCAGGCACGCGGACUACCGGACUCCAUCCGCCAGUUCUAUCAGGCAGCCUUCCAAGGACUCACCAUCCAAGUGGACACACGUUGGGGCCCGUCGGACCCGGUUCACUGCCAUCGGGGAGUUCCUCAGGGAGCUGUGUCUUCACCCGAGCUUUCCAAGCCGGCCCAGGAUCCGCUAUUACGUCUGCGUGAAAGCAGUCCUGCCUGCUACAUUUCGUCAGCGGGUCGGCGGGUGCCCAUGGCCGGCUAUGUGGAUGAUGCCGAGCAUUAUGCUUCGGGGGCCCGUCAGCUGCCGAGGCUACUGCAGGAUCUCUCGAGAGGAAGCUUGUUGACGGGCAUUGGGUUUGCAUGGGACAAAUUUCAUGCCUUUGCCACGGACUGGGACAUCGUGGCAGCUACACCUCAGGGACAAGCGGCAGGCUUCACUCCAGAAGGCAUACCAGUCUCAGGAUACGACAUUUGGACGGGCGAAGAACUCACAGCCACCCUGCCGAGAGCUAAAGACACGGAUGAAGAACUCCUUUUGGGAAAACGGGGCACAUAUCUGGAUCGACACUCGGCGGCCGCUGAAGACCUUAUGCUGAAAUUGGACAAGCUCCUGCAAGGAUUUUCUGCGCGGCGCUUUAGCUGGGAUGAGCUGAUUUUGGGGGCUCAACUAUAUGCAGCAGGGUACCUCAACUAUGCCCCCCUGGUUGGGACACCCAGUCCGCAAGCUCUACACAGACAUGACUCUGCGGUCCAACAACAUCUCCUUCGGGCGCUUCAUGUACGCUCAUCGGCAGAACGUGUGGGGCUCUUGGCCCCGCGGUCCGUUGGAGGCUUGCAAUUGUUCUCGGCGGUGGAAGGAUCACUCGCGUCGGUAGCUGCAGAGGUUCUGCGAUUGCUGUCCUCGCAGUCCCCAGCUGGCCAAUUAGCCCGGGACGCUUUGAGGGAGGCCAUGUCUAUGGAGCCGGAAGCAGCGGAGCAGUGCGACUACAUGAUUGUACGUGCGCUGCGACACCUAGCUGGCUAUGGUAUCUUUGUCAAUGCGAGUAUGGACCGCACUGUUUGUAGGAUCCUGGAUCAUCUCGCAGACUUGCAGGGGCACCGACCUCCCGGUCUAAUAGGCCCUUUUGAACAACGCAAAUACACCAGCAUGUUGCUCUACUGCAGAGUGGGUCGGCUGGCUAAUGCCAUCCGGUCCUGUCUGAUUCACUUUCGCAACAGCGGGAUCGCAGACACUGAAUGGGGAAAUCCUGCACAUUGGCUUCACCUGCCUGCGGACUGUCCGGCCUCACCCCAACAAUGUGCAGAUGCUACUGCCGCUAGCUUGGCGCGCUCCCGGUCCGAUUGGGCCCUUGAGUGCGAUCUCUUUGGAGUUCAUCACUUGCCAGUUACUGAGAACUGGUCCGAGGCAGCCUGGGAGAUGGUGGGGCCAAUGCAGAAGCCACCGUGGUACGGGUGGGAGCACACCACGGUCCACACUGCUGAACUCUUGGCCAUGCUGGCUGCUCUCCGUUGGCGACGUCCUGGUGAAUGGAACCUGCUCGUCCUGGAUAGAGCCUCCCUCUUCCCAUUGUUGCGGCUUGAUGCCCGCUCACAAGCCAGAAUCCUCUCCUCCCCCUGCCAACAUUUGGUAUCCCGGGUGCGCACGGUCACCGGGGAACUUUCAGCCGCCUGGCAGGACGACGCCCCGGCACCGCUCUGGAGGGUGCAUCAGCUCACUGCGCCCGAAACCUGGCACGUUCAGGGCAGUGUUCAAGGCCGCUCAGCCUCGCUCUGCAGCAUUCCGUUUCUGGAUUUUGGCCUGGUGGGUGUCCAUGUUCGCAGUCAUCAGACCAAUACCUGUGCCCCGGCGCGGGUAAUCGUGGAAGGCAAUGAGCGGCAGGAUGAAGGUUGUCGCCAAGCUUACAGACUGCCGCAGCCGCCGGAUAUCUGGUGGCCCUCCAGUGGCUUGGCUUUUCAACUCUCAUACAAAGGGCGUGCGGUCACGGACACCUGCCGCAACUUCACGCGCAAGCUCCUGCGCCGAGAGGCACGGGACAAAUGGACUGGACUUGCGGCUGUUUGUUUCCUUUUCAGUGCCCAGUACGCCUCGCCACGUGGUCAUGUCUUGUCCUGCCAU